CCACCCCCAACCUCAACUCUUGGUUCCACCUGUCUUCUGUGACUUCAUCCUGCAGAAUUGCAAUUGAAGAAAGAAUUUCACUUACUUGAGUUUAAGGGGUCUUAAUAGCCAACUCCCUUCUGCAAUGGCAAAUCUGGACCCCUCAGCAGUAGAUCUCCCACAGGUGCUGAAUCAGGAGAUAAAAUGUCUGAGCAAACAAGAGAAAUCCUUGCUGGGCAGUGUAGCAGCAAUCAAGACGUUGGCUAGUAUUCUUCAAGGCUGCUAUGGCCCUUAUGGCAGGCUAAAGUUCCUGGUGACAUCUCAGGGAAAAGCUGUCUGUACAGGGUAUGCAGCAACAAUUCUUGGAGCCUUGGAACUAGAACAUCCAGCAGCUCAACUUGUCCGGGAAGCAGCACAGACCCAAGCUGAGAACAGUGGGGAUGGCAUAACUUUUGUUGUUCUUCUGGCUAGGGCCUUGCUUGAGCAGGCUGAAGUCAUGGUGCGGGCUGGCCUGCCCCACUCUCGAGUCCGUGAAGCCUAUGCUAUGGCAACCAAUGAAGCCCUGAAAAUACUGCCCACCUUGGUUGUUUGUUCCUUAGAUUCUUUGGAAGAUCCAACUUGGGCCCUCCGCUCUGCAGUAUAUACCCACUCUCUCUCCCACCCUGAGUACUUGGCAAAGUUGGUGACUCAGGCAUGUCAUGAUUCCCGGGAUCCUGAUGGAAGCUUUAACCCUGAACGCUUGGCAGUUUGCUCAGUGCCUGGAGCAGGUCUGGGUGAUUCAAGGCUGAUACCAGGAUUGGCAGUGUAUGGAACACCUUGUGGGAAAAUUACAGUAGUGCUUGGAGGAGCCAAGGUUGCACUAUAUUCUUGCCCCUUUGGCCCUGCUAGCCCCCAUACACCUGCUGCUGCUCACCUCACUUGCCCUGAAGACUUAAUUAACUACAAGAAAGGAGAGGAGAUGAUGGCAUCAAUGCUAGUGACCCAGCUUGCAGCUAAGGGUAUCAAUGUGGUGGUGGUAUGGGGACAAAUAAAUGAGAUCAGUCUACUGCAUGCUGAUCAGCAUGGCAUCAUGGUCGUGCAGGCAAAAUCCAAGCAGCAGGUGGUCCAGCUGAGCCAUGUCAUGGGUAUAACUAUGCUGCCUUUCUUGAUGCCUCCCCUUGUAGCAGGGCAAUGCCUUAAGGUAUAUACAAAGGAAAUGGCACUGGGAUUGGCUGUGAUAUUUGAAUGGGAUUGCUUAUUUGCACCUGCUUUCACUGUGAUCCUUCGGGGAUCCACAGCUGAAGGACUAAAGGGAGCAGAACAGGCUGUUCAUCAUGCCAUAAAUGCCUAUGCACAGCUGAGUCAGGAUCCCCGCUUGCUACCAGGAGCUGGGGCAACAGAGUUGGCUCUAGCUAAAAAACUUUCAGAACUGGGAAACCAAUUGGAUGGGCCCAAUGGUCCUGGGAUCCUUGCAUUUGCCAGGGCUCUUAGGUCACUUCCUGUAGUCCUAGCAGAGAAUGCAGGCGGGCAAGGGGCAGAUGUACUAGCACAACUUCAGGCACAUCACCAGGCUGGGAACACGGUUAUGGGAGUGGGGGAUGAAGGGACAAUAAAUGUAACCCAGGAAGGAGUAUUUGACCCCUUCAUUGUCAAGACCCGGGGACUACGGGUGGCAGCUGAUGUGGUGUUGGAACUAGUGACUGUAGAUGAUAUCCUGAUUGCCAAGAAAAGCGGGGAGUAUAUCCACCCAAAGGACAGGGAUUCUGAAUCAGAUAAUCUAAAACAACACCCAACCUCCCUCAAUAACAACUAACCCUUGGAAGAAAUAAGUUGGCAACUCCCUCAAUAAAUGGAGACCUCCAAGGAGGGCAGUACCACACCCAAAAUGAAUUGUGUACCUCAUUUAUUCCCUCCACAUUUUGUGCCAAUAAACGCACUUAUUCUAGAGAAGAAAGGAAGGAAGAAAACAUAGAAAUAUUUGUCACCUUUCUCCCAAUUUAGUUCUUCCUUCCUCAGUCCCCAGUGUUUGCUCUUUCACUUCUCAGUCUUAGAGCCUGCAUCCCUCCUAUCUUGCCAAGAAUCAAUAACCCCAUCUCUCUCCAUCUGACCUUGUUUUCUCCUCAGAUUUGGGGCAUAUUUAAUUUCAAUGCAGUAAGACACUACAUCUCCAAAAUGAAGAGACUGAACUGUAUGUUCCCUUAACUCCCUUCCAGCUAUAAAUCCUAUGGCCUUUAAAGUAUUUACUGGGUGCCUACUAUGCACCGAGCAUUGUAUAGGAAACCAAAAGAAGUAUAUGGGCUUCUUGUACUCUAGACUCUUAUUGUCUAGUUGAAGAGACAAAUCAUACACAUAAGUAGAGUGCAAGACAAAAACCUCGACAAAUUGAAAAACUGAUGAGAUAAUCAAAAACCUUGGGCCAUCCCUAGAAAAGAUUUAGGUCUGGGGGAAAAUAGGAAUUAUCUAAAACCUCUCCCUCACAUACACAUUUUUUUAUACACAUGAAAAUAAAGGGAAGUACUUCACCAAAGGGUUAAAAAGAGCAUUCACUGGCAGCUAACGGGCUGUAUUUGGAAGUGGGGAGGGACAGCCUGACCUGCUUUUCCAUGGUGACAAUGGAGAGUAAUGAGCUGAUUGUAUGUACAGAAGCCUCAGAGCUUUAGCCUCAGCUGUGGGUUACCUUCUUCCUCCUAAUGGUGUCUCCUUAUAGUUCAUUCCCCAGGCAUCAAGUGUCUGGUAUCUAAAAGGGCCAGGGGGUUGAUGUAGAACAGGAACAUUAAGUUCUCCAUGUUCUCUGAUUGUCCUUAUCCUAACAUUGACCAUUAUUCAGCCUUCACUUCAUAAGUGUUAAGAUCCUGAAUCUUGUCCAAGCAUCUCAGAGCAGAGAACUCAAGUUCCUGUAGGGCUUAGAGAAUCAACUACAUAGUUCUUCUCUCUUUUUUUUUUUUCACUUAUGGUUUUUCCCAACUUUAAAACCAAACACAGUUCAGGGCUUGUAGUUACAGCAACCCUUUUUCUGUGCAAAGAGAUAGUAGGCAGACACUCAGUUCCCUCAUUGUUUGGUCUUUUCCAAAUCUCUAGCUUAACUACAUAGCUUCUGGUUAUUUCUAAUACCAGCUUCAUAAUCAGUCAGGGAAGCUGGCAAGGAGCACUAGGGGAAGAAAAAUCGAAAUGACUAUUUCAAGGUCCACCGUAAGGAAUUGGUUGCCUGUCACCGAUUGGGUGGGGUGGCAAGAAUCAAUAAUUCAAGAUCUUGGGAAGAAAAAAGUUGAUGAUAACACUGUUGAGGGGAGGUAAUCCACAUCAAAUAUCAUUGGUAAAGAUUUGAUAUCCAAAACAUAUGAGGAGUUAACAAAUAUAUAAAAUUAAAAAUCAAUCCUCAAUAAAUAAGUGUACAAAGGAUACAGUUUUCAAAAGAACAUCAAAUUAUCAACUAUAGAAAAACAUGCUCCAAAUCACUAAUAAGAAAAAUUCAUAUUUUAAUACUCUGAGGUUUCACCUCACAUUGUAUGAAUUGGCAAGACAGCAAAACAGGGGAAACAGUCUAAGUCAGACCUGCACAACUUGGCAGUAGGUGGGGGGCCAAAAUUUAAAA